CAGGGAUCAUGCCGGCCCCUUCGCCGUGACCGCAGCAUCAACUUUGAACCGCAGCACCCACACGUGCCGAACUUGAAGGGGCAAAAAGGUAAGCUGGAAUGUACAGAACCCAGGAACUCGCCUAGGCAGCACUUGUUGCAUACCUUACAUACAUAAUCACUACUGCGACUCGAUUCACAUGUCUUUCAGGCCUCCAUGGACUUCCCAAGAUACACUGCAUACUUGAACCGUUUGAGCAACUGUGAUUCGCCAGGGCUGCUGUAGUCUGCAUCUUACGGCGACACGGCCCGCAAAGGUUUCCGCUGCAACUGCAAUUCUGAUCGGUGCAUCUCGCCAUUAGCCGAACCAUGAGCCCUUCGAGUCAGUGCACACCAGAGGAAGAGUACGAACUUUCAAGGUCAAGUACAUAUACGUCGGAUGGCCCGGAAUCCCCCCUGCUCGCGCACGAUCUCACAGACCGAGAUGACCUCCACUCCGCUUCACCAAGAGGGCUGAGGCCGCGGACGAGUCCUAAAGUUGCGCUCGCUUCACGGAUUGCCACGGUCGCCCCCGCAUGGCUGCGUCAGCGAUACCGACGACCAACGACAAGAUGCUGUUUAUGCUGCUGCAUUCGCCUGCCCCGGUCGCACGUUCGACGGUUUCUCUGCCUUCUCUAUGUCUUCUUCACCUCCAUCCUUUUCGUUGUCAUCGUGGGUGGCGUCUUCUUCCCAGGCUACACUCACUUACCUCCCCACUACAAAGAGCUUCGACAAAGAGUGCUGGCUUCUGGCGAGGAAGGCCGUGCCAACCAGAACAACCAGAAGGUGUUCAUUGCCGCGAGCAUCUACGACAAAGACGGAAAGCUGUCCAGUGGUCAGUGGGCAGAAAACGUGCUGGAACUGAUUAAUUUGUUGGGACCGAAGAACGCUUUUUUGUCCAUCUACGUGAAUGACUCUGGACCAGAGGCAAAGAGCGCUUUGGAGGGUCUACAGCAGCGGGUACCGUGUGAGCAUGCUCUUGUUUUCGAGGAUCACAUACAUUUCGACGAGCUUCCCCAUGUCACACUACCAGAUGGUUCACAGCGUGUUAAAAGGAUCGAGUACCUGGCCGCCGUGCGCAAUCGUGCCCUUAAGCCCCUUGAAAACUCAACCACCAUUUUCGACAAACUUCUAUAUCUGAACGAUGUCCUGUUCCAUCCUCUUGACGCCGCACAGCUGCUGUUCUCUACGCACACUGUGGAGGCCGGCAGGACAGACUACAGAGCUGCCUGUGCGGUGGAUUUCAUCAAUCCUUUCAAAUUCUACGAUACAUUUGCUACCAGAGAUCUCGAAGGUUAUGGCAUGGGCUUACCAUUUUUCCCAUGGUUCUCCGCAAAUGGCGACGAGCAAUCGCACCAGGACGUGUUGGAUGGCAAAGAUGCCGUACGAGUGAAGAGUUGUUGGGGUGGAAUGGUGGCCUUCGAUGCCCAGUUCUUCCAGAGUCGACGGGAAAGACGGGAGGAUUUGAUUACCGCGGGAAAUCAGAGUCCAAGCAACCUUACAGCACAAUAUAGCUUUCGGGCCGAGCAGGAGCUCUUCUGGGAUGCAUCCGAGUGCUGUCUCAUCCAUGCAGACAUUCAAAACCCUGAACCUGGCAAUACGGGCAUCUACAUGAAUCCUUUCGUCCGGGUCGCCUAUGAUGCCAAAACUCUUUCCUGGCUCCGCUUCACUCGCCGCUUCGAGCGCUUGUACACCGCUAUCCAUUUUCUACUCGACAUCAUAACCAAUACACCGGAGUACAACCCACGGAGGGACCACUAUGCAUGGCAGGAGGUGAUCGAAACAGUUUGGGUGCCCGAUAAAGCGUCUCAAGACGGAGGGAGUUUUCAGCAGGUGGCUAGAAUUGCUAACCAUACGGGCUUUUGUGGACGACACCGUCUCUCAGUGAUGAAGGAGGAUAUUACCGAGGGAGACAGGAAUUGGGAACACAUCCCAGUGCCUUCAUAAAAAUAUUAGCAUGGCGUCUGGAGUGAGUUUGUCCAAAUGAGACAAUAUGUAGCAAUGGCUUGAAUUUUGGAAUCAGCAUGGUGCUUUCUGAUAUCGGAAGCACAACUGCGAAAGAUACUGUUGUGAGAUGUCCUA